UCCGGAACAACAGAACAGCUUGUGCCUUUCCCCGUUUUUAUUUUGAUUGCCGAGGCUGCUGGCUAUUCUGGAUUUCCAGCGAAUGGGUUUGCCCGCUUCUGUAAGUUGGCAAACCCGUUUGGGAGCCACCGCCAACCUUCUCCUGCUGUCGUCCCCGCGUCCAAAGGCCGUAAAUCAAAGGCGGAUUUCUCAAUCAUUUUUCAAAAUGAGCGAAACUUCCUCAUGCGCACUAGAUCUCUGACUUGGGAGCCCAGCGGAUGCGGAGCAGGGAAAACCAUCGCGGGGGAGGAACGAGGCGGAGAAUUACACCUGACACACUGUUUAAUGAAUAAAAAGAUAACAAUCAAUGAUGUCUCCACACGCAAGUUGUCGGUACCAAAAAUGUAUAAAAACCAAGGGAGCCAAAGAAGUAUUAUUUUUAAAAAACUUCGGAAAAAUGAUACUUAAAUUGUUCGAAGUCCUUCUAAUCCUGUCGAUCGCCACUUUGGGAUUGGUACUGGCAGCGUUGGAAUGUCGAUUGGAAUCGGUUGCAGGCAUACCUGGGGAAAAGGAAACAUUCCUUGAGUUUAAUUUGCGGCUGUUAGGAAGAGAGCGACUCCUGAAUGGGACAAUCACUGCACACGUUGACUUGGAUGACGAAUUCACGUUUGUACACAAUAUAUAUUGCCACAGAAACGGAGAAUGGGAGACAUCUCUUAUAAAUGUUCACUAUAAGACCUGCGCCUACAUGUCGCUAAUUUACGAAAAAUAUUUUGUGCCUUUCUUAACCGACUCGACCCUUCCAACAGGUAAAGAUACGUGUCCAUUAAGAAAAGGAAAAUACUAUUUAAGAAAUAUAGAGGUAACCGGCGAUAAUUGGGUUCAUUAUGCCAGAUUGGGAUUGGUCAGAUCAGUAAUUCAAGUUACAAAGAACAACGUAACAUAUGGAGGCAUGGACUUGGUCUUAUUCUUAAGUGAGAAAGUUUUGUAA